AUGGCCUCAGCGGAGCGAAAUGGCGGACUCUUGAAAACUCUCGUCGCGGAACCGAAACGCAAGAGUAACACACAGCAUACCAUGAAGCGAGUCUCGAGAGCCUGUCUCCAUUGCCGCCAGCGCAAGUCUCGAUGCGACUUGGAUAGCAGCGGCAAUCCCGGCAGCCCGCCUUGCCAACGGUGUAUUCGCGACAGUCGCGACUGUGUCCUGGGGAGCUCCAAUCGAGGCGGCCGCCGCAUCCGCAAAAAGCCCCUCGAGGUCAAGGUGGACUCCGCUGCCGCUACUGCUACUGCUACUGCUACUGCUACUGCUCCUACUGCCACUACUGCCACUACCUCGACCUCCACCACCACCACUAAUACCACCGCCGCCGCUGCUCCCUUCACCACUAAUUCUAAUGCUCCUCAUGCCGUUGCCGUCUCUCGCACUAAAUCCUUACACCUCAAUGCAGCGGCAAUCCCCAUCACCGCCGGCCCCCAUCCAUUCCCUCCGCAGUACCCAUUACACCCUUCCAUGACCUCCGAGUCACCCACUGUCGAUUCCAUUCAUAUGAAAGACGACGACGACGACGACGACGACCUAGUUCCUAUCGCCGAGAGUUCAUUCAGUCACGGCGUUCUCCAAAAUCCUUCGGAUGCCUGGCAGUGUCUCACCAACGUAGCUCAGGACGACGACGGAAGCUUCUACAAAUCUACCAGCCCUUACAACUCCGAAUCUCGUAGAUCUAUACAGGGUAACGGCCCCGACAACGGCAUGGCACAGGCCCGGGACUCCCCGCCCAGCAUUGAAUCCUAUCGCCUCGUUAAAAAUGGCUCCAUGACCGGCGAUCAGGUCUGGGACCUGGUCGUCCACUACGCUGAAAACUUCCACCCUUAUCUACCCCUGGUGCCCCGGAAAUUCUUUGAUCGUAAAAACUUGGGCCACUUCGCCAAAGAAGAAAGGCACCUUCUCACCGCCAUACUCACGAUUGCCUCCAAGAAUAGAAUCCAGGAGCCUCAUAUACACGAAGUAUGCUCUGGCUACAUGCACGAACUGAUAUCAGGUGUCGCGGCCGGCGCGCCGUGCGAGGUCGAAGCCGUCGAGGCCUUGCUCCUUAUUGCGGAGUGGGAACCCCCUGGACUCCAACCGCGGAUCAAGACGAUCGGACGAGGUGAAGAGAACCGUGCGGCUUGGAUGCAUGUGGGACUGGCCUUGCGGUCGGGAUACUUCCUGGGCCUCGAAAGGACCUCGUUCCGGACCGAUAGCGGCGGGGAUCUACAGGCUAUUCACCGCAGGAGGCUCGCGUGGGCAAGCUGCUAUGUAUCCGAUCGACUGAUAUCCGUCCGAAUCGGACGAGCCUUCUGGUCCCGUGGUCCUGGCCCGAUGACGGGGCUUGUGAGCGAUGAUUUCCCCUCGCUGCAGCCCCUUACCGCCGGAGACGAAGACUAUUCGAAGAUUUUUCAAGCCACUCUCGACCUCACGCAGUUGUACGGCAAUGUACACGAUGUUCUCUACUCCGGCAUGCGGACCAGCAGCCAGAUGAUGCUUAUGGGCGAUUAUGUAAAAUACGUGGAUGACUUCCGCAUAGCUAUAGAUCGUUGGCACGAUCGAUGGGGUAACAUCAGCUGUUCUCCUGAGAUCAAAGUCACCCUGCAGAUGCAGAGCGUCUAUCUCAGUCUGUACACAAAUGCCUUUGCUUUCCAGGCAGCUAUCUCACAGACCCUCUCAUCCAAGCCAAAAUGCACUGCUCGAAUGCAGAGAGAAUAUCUGCGUGCCACCUUCAGUGACGUAGCAUCCAUGCAGGACUCUAGAUUCAUAUACUCCUCAGUGCGAUCGGCAAAGGAGUAUCUGAGGAUCCUGAAUACUUCCGUCAACCCCGAGAGACACCUGCGUUACCUUCCGCUAAGAUAUUAUCUAUAUGGCACGUACGCGGCAGUCUUCUUAUACAAGGCGCAUUCGUUUGGGGUGAUCAGUCGGGGAGAACAAUUUGAGAUACGAGAAAUGAUCAGAGAAACAAUGAACCGAUUACGACGAGCCAGCGCCGGCCCCGACAAGACCGGCACCCGGUACGCGCUUCUUCUAGAACGCCUAUGGUUUAAACAGUCUUUGAGUACACCAGAUCUCGGCCCUAGGCGCAACACCGACAUGUCGGUCCGAGCCUCGACGAAUGGUUCCACUGAGACGACGGCAACGCAGGUCAGCCCUACAAACGACUUCUCGUGGCUAGACCUGGAAGCUGUCGGGGACUUUGUGUUGGGAAAUCCUAUUGCCGGCGGUAAUAUCAUCGAUCUCUCUGCGUACGUACACGACCCGCACGCUGCGUAUACCAACGGAACGCCGUGCCCUAUCUGGUCAGUUGACCCGAAUGGAAACCUAUUGUUCUGAGCGUUUCCCCAACGAUCGGGUUGCUAUUUGUCAUGAAACAACGAAGCCAAAAACUAUAUUAAGCAAUGGCCAGCCAUCAAAUCGAA